UGGGAGCCUGUGAGAGUCUGCUGAAAAUGGGUGACGGUGGGAAACGUGGAUAAGAGCAUGCGUGUCCUCGGAUCAAAAAUGAUGAACUAGGGUGAUUAGUCUUUUUGUCGCUGGAGAUAAUUACAAGUUGGAGAAAAAUACGAUAGAACAAGGUUGCAAGGAACAAGGUGUAAGUUGACAAUGAAUUUUCGAGAGAUCGAGGUCAAGUUGAACUGGGGUCAAUAUUAUGUAAUGCACUCCCUCCAGGUUGAUCGGCUUCCAAGUAAGUACUGCAUUUCACCGUUUGACAACCACGGGCCCCUCCAUAUGCCUCGAGAGCUACCUGGAUUGUACUGGGAUGAAGAGAAACAACGUUACUUUCCUCUAUCUUCGACUCGGAGGCCCCACAUUGUGCCCCCCAGCACCUCACAUCUACCUACCAAGCCACAAUCAGCACCUCCGAAGGCUACGGGGGACUCCCACAAUGACCCGGGAAAACGGCGUAAAACUCGGUCUCUCUUGCGCGCAAGUGAAGAUGCCAGGUCCAGCCUCCGCACCGCUCAUAAAAAUAAGUUGAUGCACCAGAUUUCAUGCUCCCAAGUCGUGCAGACGUCCCAUGUCACAUCAUCAUCUACGGUAUCACUCACACACAGCGCCAUCACUGCCUUCCAGACUGCAUCCUACAAUAACAGCGUCUACAGUUUUGCAGGGGACACAGGAGGAUGGUUUUAUUCGUCAUUGAUUGAUCGAAGCGAGCCAACCACAGGGUACCACACCUCACAUGGCUGGCGUCCAGAGUUCAGUCUCUCCUCGGAGAUCUCUUCUAUAUGCAUAUCUGGUUCCCGCUGCAUUGCAACCUCUUUUGGUCCAGAUAGCAAAAUAUUGCACCUUCCCCUUGACUCGGAAACAGAAGAUAUCCGUGUGACUCGUGUGAAUAAUCGAUCUGUGCGCGACGUAUGGACAGCUGAUUUUCAAGGUACCCGUCUGGUGCUGGGCACAAACGAUCAGGCUGUUGUCAUCGAUGACGUUGCUGACCGAGCAACUGUCUGUUUUUUGAAAACGGGUAGCGACAUAUUUGCCGUCGCCCAAGAUAAUAAUAUUAUUUAUACAGGAUCCCGCGCUGGUAUCGUCCAACGCUUUGACAGUCGCAUAACUAGCACCAAGGGCGAUCGCAUUUUUAACGACCAAUGGACGAUCCAGAACAAUUCGGUGACGAACCUCAAGAUUAUUUAUGACUGGCAACUUCUCACGAGUAAUAUCGACGGAAGCCUGGCAGUGUUUGACCUUAGAUUCCCUGUCAAUCGGACGCCUAUAAUGUCGUUUACAGGCAAUAUUAAUACAUACACCACAAAGACACCUAUCGCCGUUGAUCCCCAUGAACAAUUUCUCUUCGCGGCUGGCCAGGACCGCCGCAUUCGCCUAGUGGUCUCUCCGUGCAGGAGGCCCGCCGCUUGUUUCGCCUGCCAGCGUGUUUCAGAAGCCGUUUGAAGAUCCAAUCCGGGCGCUCCAGGUUGUUGAGGAAGAAGAGGGCGCUCUUGGCUUGUGGGCCACGUCGGGGUCAGCGAUCUACAAGUAUAACCUAGGUCAAAGGAUGGAAGAAGAGUCUCAGGCGAUGCGGUGCUGAUCACAAAAGCCAGCUUUUUUUUGUUCACAAGUAUGCUCUGCUUUUGUGUGACAUGCAGGCAACG